UUUAGGAAGUCAUGCGGUUCCUAGACACCAAGCAUCCAGACCAUUAUCAAGUCUAUAAUCUGUGCAGGUCCAUCGAAUCAAAAUUGAUGAUCACAAUGUCCCCACUCUGAAGGAGAUGUUAUUGUUCUCCAAGGAAGUAGAGGAAUGGAUGAUGCAAGAUAAGGAAAAUGUCAUUGCAGUUCACUGUAGGGGCGGCAAAGGAAGAACUGGAACUAUGGUUUGCACCUGCCUCAUUGCCUGUGGAUUGUUUUUAACUGCAAAGGACAGCAUUCAUUAUUUUGGGGAACGACGAACAGAUAAAACCAGCAGCACUAAAUUUCAAGGAAUAGAAACUCCUUCUCAGAAUCGAUAUGUUGGAUAUUUUGAAAAACUGACAACUGUAUACAAUUGGACUCUCCCUCCAAGGAAAAUACUCACAAUAAGAAAGUUCAUCAUUUAUUCAAUCCAUGGUGUUGGUAAAGGCAAUGGAAGCGAUCUAAAGGUGCAGAUAAUAGUGCAGCAGGAGAUUGUCUUUUCCUGUUCUUCUACAAACUGUAGGAUAUUUCACGACGUUGAAACAGACAGAGUAAUAAUUAAUAUAUUCAAUUGUCCAGCUCUGUGUGAUGAUGUGAAAGUGAAAUUUUUAUCUUCGGAGCUUCCCAAGUACUAUGACAACUGCCCUUUUUUCUUUUGGUUUCACACGUCUUUUAUACAGAAAAACAGGCUUUAUCUACCAAGAAAUGAACUGGACAAUCUCCAUAAACCAAAAACAUGGAAAAUUUACAGUUCACAAUUUGCUGUGGAGGUCUAUUUUGAUGAGAAUGAACCAGUCGUCCUGUAGCUGGUAUCUGAUUAAAGUGCAUCUCCCUUCCUCAGAUAGAAUCAUGUCUUUCCCAACCCCUGCUACGUACUUUGUCUUCUAAAUCUCUCUUUGGUGGCAUAGCUAUAGUUAUACAUAUAUAUGUGCAUCUGUUUCUGAUAAAUCUAUUAAAUAUAUACA